AUGAUCAGCAGUUUCCUCAAUGGAAGAGUUGGAAGGAAGAAACAGAAGCUUGCCAAAGAGAGAGCAGGGCUUUCCAAGUUGCCUGAUCUGAAGGAUGCUGAAGCAGUUCAGAAGUUUUUCCUUGAGGAGAUUCAGCUUGGCGAGGAACUACUAGCUCAAGGUGAAUAUGAGAAAGGUGUUGAUCACUUGACCAAUGCCAUUGCUGUGUGUGGACAGCCGCAGCAGCUACUACAAGUUCUACAGCAGACUCUUCCACCGCCGGUGUUUCAAAUGCUUCUAACUAAGCUCCCUACAAUAAGCCAGAGAAUUGUAAGUGCACAGUGCUUGGCUGAAGAUGAUGUUGAAUGAGGUCACACCACAACAGGGG